AUGGCGGGUGGUGAACGUGCCACGAAGCUGGGCCAUGCCCUCGCCAAGGGCUUGGGCAUCAAACUCGCCUACCGGGACCCUCUAGGUGCCGAUGCUGACCCGGUCACCCGUGGCGAGUCGACUUUUUCAGUCGGCACCGUCGAGACCUAUUCUUACACCGAGCCCGAGCCCACCAGUAUCGAGUGGAUUCGCGAGGUUACGCCCUCGGGCCAGCAGGUGCUCAAUUACAUCAUUGGCCUGUUCCCUUUCCUCAACUGGAUCGGCCGGUAUAACGUGCAAUGGCUGAUUGGUGACCUGGUUGCGGGUAUCACUGUCGGAGCAGUUGUCGUGCCCCAGGGUAUGGCCUAUGCUAAAUUGGCCGAGUUGCCCGUGCAAUUCGGUCUGUACUCGUCCUUCAUGGGUGUCUUGCUCUACUGGUUCUUUGCCACUUCCAAGGAUAUUACCAUCGGACCUGUGGCCGUCAUGUCUACUCUGACCGGCACAAUUGUUCUCGAUGUCGCUGACAAGCUGCCGCACGUUCCCGGCCACGAGGUCGCCUCCUGCUUAGCGGUGAUUCUGGGUGGUAUCGUUUGUCUCCUGGGUCUCCUUAGACUCGGAUUUAUUGUGGACUUCAUCCCCCUCCCCGCCAUUUCAGCCUUCAUGACGGGCUCUGCCAUCAACAUCUGCGCGGGUCAAGUCACGACCAUGCUGGGCCAGACCGCCACGGUCUACACCCGCGGUGCAACCUACAGGACCAUCAUCGAUACCCUCAAAGCGCUCCCAACUUCAUCCCUCGGUGCGGCUAUGGGUGUCACGGCCUGUGCGAUGUUGUACAUGAUCCGAGCCGGCUGCAGCUAUGCAGCAAAGAAGCAGCCGCACCGCGCGAAGACCUGGUUCUUCAUUUCGACCCUGCGCACAGUCUUUGUCAUCCUGUUCUACACUAUGAUCAGUGCUGCUGUGAACAUCCACCGGAGAGACAAGCCGGCCUUUAAGCUCCUGGGCAAGGUGCCUCGUGGUUUCCAGAAUGCUGCCGUGCCCAAGAUGGACCCAGAGGUCAUCAAGGCCUUUGUGGGCCAGCUUCCCGCUGCUGUGAUCGUACUCCUGAUCGAGCACAUUGCCAUUUCCAAGUCCUUUGGUCGUGUCAACAACUACACUAUCGAUCCCUCGCAGGAAUUUGUCGCUAUUGGCGUUACUAACCUACUGGGUCCUUUCCUGGGUGCUUACCCCGCCACUGGUUCUUUCUCGCGUACUGCGAUCAAGUCCAAGGCUGGUGUUCGCACUCCUCUGGCUGGUUGUAUCACCGCCGUCGUUGUGUUGCUUGCCAUUUACGCUCUCCCUGCCCUCUUCUUUUACAUUCCCAAUGCCUCUCUUGCGGGUGUUAUCAUCCAUGCUGUGGGUGACCUGAUUACUCCUCCUAACACUGUUUACCAGUUCUGGCGGGUUGCCCCUCUUGAUGUUGUCAUUUUCUUCAUUGGUGUCCUCGUCACCGUCUUCUCGUCCAUCGAGGAUGGUAUCUACUGCACUAUCUGUGUCUCAUUGGCUGUCCUGCUUUUCCGCCUGGCCAAGGCUCGCGGUCAAUUCCUCGGCAAGGUCAAGGUCCACUCCGUGGUCGGUGACCACCUGCUUGACGGUGAUGGCAAGUAUGGCUCGUUCGGGAACACCCGUGCUUCAUCUGAAGACGAGGACCAUGCUCAUCGGUCUAUCUUCUUGCCCGCCAACCACGCCGACGGGUCAAACCCCGACAUUGAGAUUGAACAGCCUCACCCAGGUAUCUUCAUCUACCGCUUCUCCGAGGGCUUUAACUACCCCAACGCCAACCACUACACCGACUACCUGGUGCAGAACAUCUUCAAAAACACCCGCCGCACAAACCCGCACGCCUACAGCAACCCCGGCGACCGCCCUUGGAAUGACCCCGGCCCUCGUCGCGGCAAGGCAAACUCCGAGCUGGAGGACCAGCGCCCUCUCUUGCAAGCCGUUAUCCUGGACUUCUCCUCUGUCAACAACGUGGACGUCACCUCGAUUCAGAACCUGAUCGACGUUCGCAACCAGCUCGACCUGUACGCCUCCCCGCUCACCGUGCAAUGGCACUUUGCCCACAUCAACAACCGCUGGACCAAGCGUGGCCUCGCCGCUGCCGGCUUCGGCUACCCCACCCCGACCUCUAGCGAGGGCUUCCACCGCUGGAAGCCAAUCUUCAGCGUUGCCGAGAUCGAGGGCAGCUCUUCUGCCGCCGCCCACGCGGAGAUUGUCAACAACGAGCGCGAGCACCACCUGCACCACCCCAAGGAUGUCGAAGCCGGUCUGAAGGAUCAGUCCGCGACGGUCGAGAGCGAGAGACAUGGAAUUGAGACUUCGUCCGAGGACAGCCAGCCAAUUCACGAGGACAAACUGUCGCGCGAUCUGACGUCUAGCCACGCAUACAGCAACAACCGACGCAAGGUCGCCAUUGUGCAGGGUAUGAACAGGCCAUUCUUCCACAUCGACUUGACCAGUGCCUUGCAGAGCGCUGUGGCGAACUCGUCCAACGAGAUUCCUCAUGUUUAA